UCCUGCACUUUUAACCCAUUCAAAUUCUCUUUUAUUUUUGUAAGGAAAAACAGAAAAGCAAAUCACAGUAAGGCAAAGCAUCUCUUAUUCUCUCUCUUUCUCCCAGAAAACAAACCUGAUCCCCACAGGCAAAUAUACACAACUAUACAAGCAAGCAAGCAAGCAAGCAAAGAAAGAUAAGGGAAGAAAGAAAGAAAGAAAGAAGGAAAGAAAGGAAAAGGAAAGGAAACUUCUUUUCAUUAACUGAGUAAAGAGGCUCCUUCAAGAAGCUAUAACUACCCCUCUCUCUCUCUCUCUCAUUAUUACAGGGAACAACAUAAACCCUACAAGCUACUACAAUCAAGAAUCAAGUUUCAUUUUUAAAGAUUAAAAGAAUAAUGGAUCAAUCUCCUAAAGAUGCAUAUUACAGUCCUGGAGGAAACGCCGCGAGAAGAACAACCUCCGCUUCCUCCUCCUCCUCCGCCUCCACCACCAGCGUCCAUGUCACCGCCCUUGACGGUCUUGUAAACGUCAACUCUCUUUUUACCAUUGCCGUCUUUGUGGGUCUUUCUUUGACGACACCAGGACAACGCAGCCUUGAAAAUCGCUCUGCUUGCGAUGCUGAUAUUGAUGUUGCCAAGAAACUCCUUGUUUUUGAAGUUGUUUCUUUCAGCUUCUUUCUCUUUUCUUCACUAGUCGCUCAAGGUCUGAAACUUGCAAUCAAUUUAUUGAACAGCAAAGAUGUCGAUGAGGCUUUCAAGGCUCACAUUAAUUUGAAAGUUUUGAGAUUUGGAAUGAUGGGUUCUGCUAUUGGGUCGGUGAUGGGUUGCAUUUUCUUGGUUUUAUCAAUGGUUAAUGUGAUCGAGAUUCGAUUGGGGAUGUUGUCUUGCGGGAGUAAGAAUGCUGUUCAUGCUGUUACUUCUUUGGUUCUUCUGGUUUCUUCUGCUCUCUUGAUUUAUAUUUCUACUGCUGUUUAUGCUUUUCUGCAUUGAUUAUGUUUACCUCUGAUUUCUUCAAUGUGAGCUCAAUUUAUAUGUACAACAGUGCAAGCUUUAUGGAAAUGAGAUUGUUGGGUACUUGCUCACUUUUAAUUUCA